UUCGCGCUACGGCUGGAAACCCGCGCCGGUGGCGGCGGCGUUCCGCGGCCGGAAAGGGAGUCGGGAAGGCUGCGCGCAGCCUGCCCCUCUUCUCCCCAGCGUCGGGCCCGCAGGGGCCGAAUGGGCAAGUAGGGAACGAUGGCUCGAGCCCGGGUGGCGGCGGCGGCGGCGGCGGCGGCAGCGGCCCGAGGCGGCGGCGAAUUCUGCUCUUCGCCUCGGCGCCGGCGGUGAUCAGACUCAGCGGCCGCUGCCCCUGAUGAGACUGUUGACGGGCUGGUUGUGCCUCAGCCUGGCGUCAGUGUGGCUGGCGCGGAGGAUGUGGACGCUGCGGAGCCCGCUCACCCGCUCCUUGUACGUGAAUAUGACGAGUGGCCCCGGUGGGCCGGUGGAGCCAGCGGGUGGCAGGAAGGAGAACCACCAGUGGUAUGUAUGCAACAGAGAGAAAUUAUGUGAAUCGCUCCAGGCUGUGUUUGUUCAGAGUUACCUCGAUCAAGGAACACAGAUCUUCUUAAACAACAGCAUUGAGAAGUCAGGCUGGCUAUUUAUCCAAUUAUACCACUCCUUUGUGUCAUCAGUUUUUAGUCUGUUUAUGUCUAGAACAUCUAUCAAUGGGUUGCUAGGAAGAGGCUCAAUGUUUGUGUUUUCACCAGAUCAGUUCCAGAAACUGCUUAAAAUUAAUCCAGACUGGAAAACCCAUAGACUUCUUGAUUUGGGUGCUGGAGAUGGAGAAGUCACAAAAAUCAUGAGCCCUCAUUUUGAAGAAAUUUAUGCCACUGAGCUUUCUGAAACUAUGAUAUGGCAGCUUCAGAAGAAGAAAUACAGAGUGCUCGGUAUAAAUGAAUGGCAGAAUACAGGGUUCCAGUAUGAUGUCAUCAGCUGCUUGAAUUUGCUGGACCGCUGUGAUCAGCCCCUGACUUUAUUGAAGGAUAUCAGAAGUGUCUUGGAGCCAACUAGAGGCAGGGUCAUCCUGGCCCUGGUCUUACCCUUUCAUCCCUAUGUGGAAAACGGUGGCAAGUGGGAGAAACCGUCAGAAAUUUUGGAAAUCAAGGGACAGAACUGGGAAGAACAAGUGAAUAGUCUGCCUGAAGUUUUCAGAAAAGCGGGUUUUGUUAUUGAAGCUUUCACCAGACUGCCAUACCUGUGUGAAGGGGACAUGUAUAAUGACUACUAUGUUCUGGAUGACGCGGUCUUUGUGCUCAAACCAGUGUAAACCCAUGGAGGCUGCAGUCUACAGAGUCUUCCUGGAAAGGGUCUGUGUUCUCCAUUACGUGAAGGGGGGACCUCUGGGGGCUGUUGUUCUAAAUAUCAUGUAGGAAUUUGAAAAGCCAAAAUACUAAUUAUUUCUUUGUAGUGUGUAAAAUGAAUGUUUUUUUUUAAGAACAAAACCCAACUCUGAGGAUUUUAAUUAGUUCUUAAUAAUGUAGGUCUCACUUCAAUUACAGAAGCUAUUUUUUAUACUUAAUCAUAGUGGGGGACACCCCCUCCACACACCCAUCUAAGCAAUAGCCAUGAUUACAAAUGGAAACAAUAAGAAUGGAUUGUUUUUAAUAAAAUGAAGACUGACAAUAAAGGCAUUCAUUCAGCUGCAAAUUCUGGUUAUAAGGUAUAGCCACUGGUGUGCUUUCAUGUUUAGACAUUCUGUCAUUAUUCAAGAAAAUGUUUUUAAUCAUGCUAAUAAACGUUUUUGGAGAUGACUUUGAUAUCAGGUUUGAGUUAAUGUAAGGCUCUCCCCUAGCACCACUUACUGCUUUGAUUUCAGGGUUCCCCACAUAGUAGCACAGUGAAAGACACAAUUGACUUGAACAUGCCACGAAGAAAGGCUUCAGAUGAGAGGGCUGGGGGUGUUAUUUUAAAUUGUGAACACCAAGGCAAUUGAGACCAACCCUCAAAAGAACAACCUCAUUCAGAUACAGUACUUCAGGGACUUCCUACUCCCUAGUUUAUGUUGCUUUGGGAAACGCAAAACACUGGGUUCUGACUUUGCAAUAGCUAACGUCCUACACUCAGAACGUUGUUGUUCUGGACAAUCUCAGGUUCUCAGAGUGGAAACAUUCAGUUGUGUCUACUGAAAAAAAAUGCAACCUGAAGAUGUUUUCUUUCAACUUUUUACUGUACAUUUGUAUACCUCUUUCCCAGAGUUUGGUUCUUCCUGAAAUCAUUGACUGAAUUUAUUAUUUGCCAAGAGUAUGAAUUGAUGGAGACAGUGUCAGACUUGUGCAUUCUAGAAUCUGUGAGUGCUUCCAACCAUUUAACCAGAAAUGCUGCAGUACAGGAGGAACUCAUUAGCUGGUCAAUAACCAUUGUGGAUAUUCCAAAGAGUAGAGCACUUAACCCAGAAUCUAAAAUCUCAGUAAUAGCAGAGAUGCCAAUUUGAGAUUGUGGUUAUUAAUAGUAUGUUAUUUUCACAACUCUAUUUUUUUUCAGGCAAGUGUUUCAUUAAAUAUUCCCAUUUAUAUGCUCAUAGAAGUCAUCAAAUCAACACAUUUACUGCAACAACUGGGCAUAAAGGAGAAUUAAAGCCUUGAGGAGAAUUACUCUACUAUGCAUUAAGAAUGGCACUCCCACAUCCUCACACCAGUAUUACCAUUGUUACCGUGGAGUUGUAAUGAGUUUGAUUCUGUGAUUUAUGCAUAAUUGUUGGUUCCUUUUAAUGCUUUUUUUUCCAGAAAUUUAUGUAAGUGAAGAGCAAAUACUUAGCACCCUGUUUUGUAAAAAUAGGAGGAAAUGACUAAACAUAGUUCUUGUACAGUUGAGGUUUUCUUCUUUAUGAACUGUCUGUAAUAGUCAGGGGUUGCUAUUUAGACUGUCCAGUAAGAGUGUAAGAGUGAUGGAUGUUCAAAAGGCAGGCUGCCCUAAAGUGUUUCAUAACUUUGAGAUUUAAUUUGCAGGUCAGUUAAAAAAAAAAGAAACAAAACCUAAACUCUUAAAAAUGCAGAGAAAACAUAUACUUAUGCAUUUCACAGAUAAAAAUAUUUUCUUAAAAUCUGAGGUUCUCUGAAGUUUAGCUCAUCAAAAAUGACGUUUUAUGGUGAAAAUUUAAACCAGCAAAUCACAUUUCAUAGCUGGUCCUAGGAGUCCUGGUGGUAUGCCACCAUUUCACUAGGUGGCAGUGUUGCUUAUUCAGUGUCAAUGGCUUUUUUUUCUUUCGCCCUAAAUGGAAUUAAGUUUUUUUCCCCAAAGUACAAUAAAGCUGCCUUCUUGUCUGCACCA